AUGACCUAUACCCAGAGGUGGAAAAGUCAGAUCACUGCUAAGCUUAAAGAGAUCCUUUUGACGAAUAAAGCUAUGUUUGAGUUCAAGGAUGACUAUUUAUUCAAGCUGCUGCUGAUUGGAGACUCUGGUGUUGGAAAAUCUUGUCUCCUCCUUAGAUUUGCAGAUGAUACGUACACAGAGAGUUAUAUCAGUACAAUUGGUGUGGACUUCAAAAUCAGAACUAUAGAGUUAGACGGCAAGACUAUCAAACUUCAAAUUUGGGACACAGCUGGUCAGGAAAGGUUUCGAACAAUCACGUCCAGUUAUUACAGAGGAGCACAUGGCAUCAUAGUCGUAUAUGAUGUUACAGAUCAGGAGUCAUUCAACAAUGUAAAACAGUGGCUCCAGGAGAUAGAUCGUUAUGCCAGCGAAAAUGUUAACAAGUUAUUGGUAGGGAACAAAUGUGACCUGACAACAAAGAAAGUAGUGGACUAUACAACAGCAAAGGAAUUUGCAGACUCCCUUGGGAUUCCAUUUUUGGAAACCAGUGCAAAGAAUGCAACAAAUGUAGAACAAGCCUUCAUGACAAUGGCCGCUGAGAUUAAAAAGCGAAUGGGUCCUGGAGCUACAUCUGGUGGCUCUGAAAAGUCCAAUGUAAACAUCCAGAGCACACCAGUGAAGCCGUCCAGUGGGGGUUGCUGCUAAGCGUUUUCACAUUCUCUUAAUAAAUUUGAUUUAAUAGGCCCAAAAGUAAGAAACGUUGCCUGAAUUGUACUGUAUGUAGCUACACUACUACAGACUUGCCCCUUCCCUUCCAGACACACAAUCGGGGACUGAAAAGCCACUAUUGGCUGAGAUUUCCAACUUGAGACUAACUUCAUUUUCAGAAUGGUUUUAAACUUCAAAAGUGUUGCCAGUCAUUAAUAAUGUGCAUAAAUCUCAUAACCUGUUAUCAGAUUUUUCUGCGGUCGGUUUAUUAUAGAAAUUGAUUUUGUUUAUAAUGGCAUGUUUUAAAUGUCAACAUUGGAUCUGCUCUGAAGAUGAAGUUUAGCCAUUUCACAUCACGCAGCAUAAGUGUUUUGUCAUGUUCAUUGACAUCAAUAAAGUUUAGUGAAAUGUUA